UCAGGUCGGACAAGUGCGAGCGGAAGUGAGGGGGAACGGAGCGGGAGGUAUCAUCGAUCCGGAGAUCGAGAUCGUCGUCGGCCUGCUGCUGAGAGCGCGUCGCGGCGGCGGCAGGUGCGAACGAGGCACGUCGCGCUGCGGGGUCCGCGGCAGUGCGGAGAAGGUCGGGAAGGUGUUGUUCAGCCACGAGUCCAGGAUUCUCACCCCCGGAGGCGGCGCCAUCUCGCCCGGGGGCGCGGGGCCACCCGCGAGCCCAUCGCCGGGGCACUAUCAUCCACCUACGCACAGUCCGCCGCUGGUCAAGAUUGGCUCGGUCCACGCCCACCAGCCGAACAAUAACAACCACCAUCAACAUCAUCAGCAACAGCAGCAGCAACAGCAACAACAGCCGUCGAGUCAACCACAGGUGCCGACCGGUGCGGGAGGGGGUGGCGGGCCGGGGGGCGGCGCGGUGGCCAGGGCCGGAGGCAUGUUCUGCUACCACUGCCCCCCGGGCCUCCCGGCGCCGCGAUUACCGCCGUCCCUGGAGUAUCCUUUCGCCCCGACGCACCCCUACACCAGCUACUCCGCCUAUCACCCGGCGCUGCACGGAGUCGGCGAGGAUUCCUUCGUGAGGAGGAAACAACGGAGGAACAGGACGACUUUCACUCUGCAGCAGUUGGAGGAGCUCGAGUCCGCUUUCGCGCAGACUCACUAUCCGGACGUCUUCACGCGCGAGGAUCUGGCGAUGAAGAUUAAUCUCACGGAGGCCAGAGUUCAGGUGUGGUUCCAAAACCGGCGCGCGAAAUGGCGUAAGAGCGAGCGGCUGAAGGAGGAGCAACGCAAACGCGAAGGCGGCGGCAGCGGCGGUGGCAGCGGCGGCGGUAGUUCCGGCGGUGGCGGUGGUAACGUGGAAUCCUCAACAUUAACCGCGCCGACGUCCUCGUCGGCGGGCCCGAGUCCCACGGGAAACGACCCAGAAGGCACGACCAGCAGCAGCGCCGCCGACACGGAGGACGCCGUGCCGGAGGGUGGCGGCGGCUCCAGGAGUCCCAGCACGACUUCCGCCUCGGUCAGUCCUCGACCCCAGCCGAGUCAGCCGUCCCUGGGUGGCGUCUCGACGCCACCACCGACCCCCAUAAGGGCGCCACCGCCGCCAGCGAGCACCGUGGGGGGCCUCGGACCGCCCGCCGAGAGCACCACGGGAAUAGGCGCGGGCUUCAGGCCGGUGGAGCCGCCGACGUCGCUCUUCUUCUCGCCGCACCUGGCCGCGCAGUUCUCGCCGCCGCUGUUCGCCAACAAGGUGGUCAGCAGCGCGGCGUCGACGUCGUUGACCUCGACGACACCGUCGCUGUGGACCAGCAGCGAGCACCGGCCGGGUAGCCUGCAAGAGAUGCUCUCUUGGUCGCCGACCGGCUGGCCCGGCUCCAUCUGCGGCUGCUGCAAGCCCGGCACCGGCACCGACCUCCACCGCAGCAACAGCCUGGCCGAGCUGCGCAGGAAGGCGCAGGAACACUCCACGGCCUCGGCGCUGCUCGGCGGCCUCGCCGGCUUCCCCGGCGGCCUACCUCUGCCCUUGCCCCUGCCGCUGCUGCCGCCGUUGCUGGGCCUCUCCAGGCGACCGGAGCACCAUCAUCAUCAUCACCUGCCCAGCGUAGUGCACCAGAUACAGCCCACCACCAAGGAGGAUCCCUAGGAUCACCGGAGCCGUCGUCGCCUCGUAGACACGGUGUAGUCGAAAGCGAUCGCUCGCGAAUCGCGCGUCCGGUCUGGCCGGUGAGUCGUGGAUUUCGACGCCGUGGACGCGGUGAAAUCGGUUGGAUUUCGUCGCUCGGCGACUCGUCGAAUUCGCUUGGAAAUCGUUCCGAUCGCCGAGCGACCGGAGAGACCCCCGUGUCUGCAGCGUCGGAAGGUGGACUCGUCGCGCUGCUCUCAAUCCCCGGUCACGAGUGACUUCCUUAUUACGAUUGCAUCCUGAUUUGUCGCAUUUCCCCCGAUCUUGGUGGUUACCGACGGUCUGGGCAGAAGACGAGUGUAAGUAUCUCGAUUCCGAAGGAACGAUUCGUUUCCCCGCACCGUCGCGAGACACCCAGCUGUGCCGUCGUCCGCCUCGCUCGGUGAAGCGGUUUUGCGCGGAGUCGUCUCUUCUCGUCCUUGGAUUUCCCUUCGCGAGCGUUGCUUUGUCACCGAUACACGUGGAGCUGAGUUUACCUACCAAGCGACUAAAACCGGAAAACGAGAGAGAAAGAGGGAGAGAGAGAGACACACCGCGCACUGAUACUCGUAUACAAUAAGUCAAGCGUCGAAUAAGGCAGCACCCAGUCGAUCAAUCUCGCAGAUCACUUUGUUACAACCGCGGACAGUGUAAAUAGGCGGCGUGCAUCACGAUAAUCUUCGGUAGUACCUACUCACCAACACAUAAACCCUUCCUCUCGCAUAUAUUUAAUCCACGAUAACGUUCGAAUCUCCAUUCUAUGCGGAGUGCUCGUUUAUUUAUUGCCUUAUUGCCUCGCGAACCGAACUCAUUUCACAUCACACUCCACUACUACUAUUACUUCCACUAUCACGUUUCCACGAUGGAGUCGUUAAGUUCCAGACGUAAUAUAACGAAGUUGACAAGUCCGUUAUUUAUAGCAAAGAGAAAGUUCUGCAAAAGUGAAAGAUAGGAAGAGAGAGAGAGAGAGAGAGAGAGAGGAAAAGUUCCACGGGAAAGGGCUGACGGAUUGCGAUUUCCGACAUCUCGAAUUUCAUUACGAACGUAUAUCGUAAGCGAAAUGUUAAUUCGUCGCGAUACGUUGUGUACAUAAUGCAAAAAAAAAAGUAAUAAUAGUGAGCGCGGCGAGAACGAUGGGAAUGACGCGGAAAUGACGACGCGUCGGUGAGGCCCGGCGAGUAGAGAAAAGGGACACGUAGCGAAAAAGGGUUCGCGGGAGUACUUUCGUUCCCUUCCACGCGAGUAAGAAGACGCGACGGACCAACACGUGCCUGAUGCGCUGUAUAUUCAACUGCUCGAUCGGCCGAUUCGCUCGCGUGCCGCCACGCGAACGAGCUCGAGUAUGCAUCCGCAUCCGUUGUAACAUUCACCACGAACGGGUGUACCGAUACCGAUAUAAUCUCGGGAAGUCGAGAUUUUAAGCGACGUGACGGCCCCCCUCUCGUCACCGUUUGUGCUUCGUUUUAGGAAUUACACGGUCGAUUGGAAAUUUUCCCAACUGAAAUUCCCAUUGGAAAGUUCCUUGCCGAUGCAGCCGGUGACUUAAAAAAAAAACAAGCGCGUGAACGAAGCUGUUGUGUUUUCAUUUUCACCUUGGCAAAGUUUCGACCGGCGAUACGAAGUGGAAAAAGUGUGGUAUGUGGUCAGACACGGAGCUGAGCGACGAAGUAACGCAAUCUCCCGAGCAUCGGAAACACGUGUCUCGACAGAACGGACCGAUUCUGCGACGACACCCCUCGCGUUUAUUCUUUGCCGUCUACGAAUCGCCGAGAUUAUCGAUCUCGCCGAGAUUAUAUCGAUUAUUAAUCCCCCUCUGCAAGUAACGCGAAGAAACUCGUCUCGAGUCGGCUACUACUCUUAUAUGCCUUAAAAUAAAAAUAAAAAAACACACACACACACACAAAUUCGCCGGUCAACCCGGCGACAUUAACCGAUUUCAGAUCUUCGCCACGUGUACGAUUAACCGUAAUCAUCAAAUAGAAUCCAGUAUCGUGACUGCUGGGAUCGAGAGAGGGGAGUUGGAUAAAGUGAGGAAGCGAAAGAGGGAGCGAUCGCGCGAUCGCGCAACGAAGGGAAACGGCGGAACGGAUUCGGUUUGAUGCUUACCGGCAAAUUCGACGAGAAUAAUUCCAUUUACGUCGUAAUUUCUCUGGAUUUCGCGGGAGAAGCGUAGAAGCGAAGCGGACGUAGUUGUUUGUAGAAACCUGUAUAUUACCUUCCUGAUAAACAGUCAGUGGUAAUCGAAGAUAGUCUAACGAACAAAAAAAAGGUAUAUUGUAAGGUAGCGAUUACUGUGUAGUCAGAACUGUGGUAGCGAUAUAUCGAAUAAACUUGUUCUCUCAUGA